GCUUACUCUUCAACUUCCAUUUUUACCCCCAAACGAUUCCCCAAGUACCUCCUCUAUCCCCUCAUCUCCUCCUCCCUCUCUCUCCAUCGCGGCCCUCACAAAUCCACCACCACCACCAGGUUCUUCUCCGCCACCAUGACCACCGGCGAUGACGCCAGCACCGCCGCCUCGAACCCUCUGUUACAAGAUUUCACUUUCCCACCAUUCGACGGGCACGUGCGGCCGGGGAUCCGAUCGCUGCUGAAGAAACUGGAAGGGGAUCUGAUUGAGUUGGAGAACACGGUGGAGCCGACGUGGACGAAGCUGGUUGAGCCUUUGGAGAGGAUUGUUGAUCGGUUGCAGGUUGUUUGGGGGAUUGUGAAUCAUUUGAAGGCGGUUAAGGAUUCGGCCGAGCUUAGGACUGCGAUUGAAGAAGUUCAGCCUGAGAAGGUUAAAUUCCAGCUUAGACUGGGACAAAGUAAGCCCAUUUAUGAAGCGUUCAAGGCUAUUCAAGAUUCUCCAUCUUGGUCAAAUCUUACCGAAGCCCGCAAACGUAUAGUAGAAGCCCAGAUUAAGGAAGCUGUUCUUAAUGGUGUGGCUCUUGAGGAUGAAAAAAGAGAGAAAUUUAAUGAAAUUGAACAGGAACUUGAAAAAUUAUCACAGAAGUUCAGUGAAAAUGUCUUGGAUGCUACCAAGAAAUUUGAAAAGCUAAUCACAGACAAGAAAGAAAUUGAAGGUUUACCUGCCACAGCCCGUGGUCUUGCUGCACAAACAGCUGUAUCCAAAGGUCAUGAAAAUGCUUCAGCUGAAGAUGGACCUUGGGUGAUCACACUAGAUGCUCCAAGCUUUGUUCCAGUCAUGCAGCAUGUGCAAAACCGAUCAUUGCGCGAAGAAGUUUAUCGUGCUUAUGUUUCCCGUGCAUCUAGUGAAGAUCUCGAUAAUACUCUUAUCAUUGAUAAAAUUCUAAAACUUAGGUUGGAGAAAGCUAAACUUCUUGGCUAUACUAAUUAUGCGGAGGUAAGCAUGGCAAUGAAAAUGGCUACAAUAAGUUCAGCAGAAGAGCUUCUCGAAAAACUAAGAAGCGCUUCUUGGAACCCUGCAGUACAAGAUAUGGAAGAUCUUAAGACAUUUGCCGGAGAAAAGAAAGCUGCAGAAGCCAAUGAACUGACUCACUGGGACAUUAAUUUUUGGAGUGAAAGACUUCGGGAGGCGAAGUAUGACAUCAAUGAGGAGGAACUGCGCCCCUUCUUUUCGUUACCUAAGGUUAUGGAUGGCCUUUUUAACUUAGCAAAUAAACUUUUCCAGAUAACCAUUGAACCAGUUGAUGGCUUGGCUCCUGUUUGGAAUCCUGAUGUCAGAUUUUAUUGUGUCAAAGAUUCUUCAGGCAGCCCAAUUGCCUAUUUCUACUUCGACCCUUAUUCAAGGCCGUCUGAGAAACGUGGUGGGGCAUGGAUGGAUGAAGUUUUCGCUCGCAGCCGUGUACUUGCGCAUGAUGGUUCCUCUGUUAGGUUGCCUAUUGCACACAUGGUGUGCAAUCAAACACCACCUGUUGGGGGAAAACCAAGUCUCAUGACCUUCCGCGAGGUUGAGACUGUUUUCCAUGAAUUUGGCCAUGCACUUCAGCAUAUGCUUACUAAACAAGAUGAGGGACUAGUAGCUGGAAUUCGGGGAAUAGAAUGGGAUGCUGUCGAACUACCAUCUCAAUUUAUGGAAAAUUGGUGUUAUCAGAGAGAUACGCUAAUGAGCAUUGCAAAACAUUAUGAAACUGGGGAAGCUCUUCCUGAAGAAGUAUAUUUGAAGCUUCUUGCUGCAAGAACAUUCCGUGCUGGCUCUCUUAGUCUUCGUCAGAUACGGUUUGCUAGCAUUGAUUUAGAACUUCACACAAAAUAUAUUCCAGAUGGACCAGAAUCUGUAUAUGACAUUGAUCAGAGGGUAGGGAAGCGGACACAAGUUAUUCCUCCUCUGCCAGAGGACAGGUUCCUUUGUAGUUUCAGCCAUAUAUUUGCAGGUGGAUAUGCUGCUGGAUACUAUAGUUAUAAGUGGGCAGAGGUUUUAUCAGCUGAUGCUUUCUCAGCCUUUGAGGACGCUGGAUUAAACAGUGAUAAGGCCAUCAAGGAAACUGGUCACAGGUUCAGAGAAACAAUUCUUGCUCUUGGAGGCGGAAAAGCACCUCUUCAGGUAUUUGUUGAAUUCCGAGGACGUGAACCAUCACCGGAGCCUUUACUAAGGCACAAUGGUCUUUUGCCUGUUUCUGCCUCUGCUUGAUGCCGUGAUAUUCUGAAAUGUAUUCAUAAAAUGAAUACUGCACAUCACAGGAUCUAUCCCUGAACUUUGAAGCUGAUUUGAUUGGAGUUGCGAAAUGACUUUCAGACCAGAAUUAGGGUCUUGGUGCUAUGACAAUUGCUAUUGGUUGGGAGUUGGAAGUAUCAAUUUCUAUUUUAUGAUUUAUUUUCCUUUUCCUUUUCCUUUUCCCAAAGCGGUUAUUUAUGUUGAAUAAGUGGUAACUUAAAAUUGUCGAUAUUAUAUUUUUUUAUUAGCGCUUCUCGUAUCUGUGUUCAUUGGGAUUAUAUUACGAUAGUGUUGUGGUUUCGUUUCCUUCGCAUCAUUGGAUAAGCUGCUGAAGGUUAGAAAUGUUGAUUAUCAAUGUAGUUUGUUGUAAUGUACUCUGUUGAUUCGAUUGGUUUUGUUUUCUUC